AUGAUUGAAGAUAUGGACAAUGUUGCAUUAAAACCAUGUAGUGUGUAUUCAUAUUUUGUUGAAGUUGUUGGAGGAGCUGAAAAUGUUGGAUUUUUAAAAUCUGAUUAUAAUAAUUUUUUACAAAGUAAAAGAAACAAGACCCUUGAAGCAGAAGAUGCACAAAGUUUUAUUAACCAUUUUGAAAGUCUUCAAGCAAAUGAAUCAUCCUUCUUCUAUACAAUGCAAGUGGAUUAUGAAAAUCGCAUGACUAAUUUUUUUGGCAUGAUGGCAUAUCAAGGACAGAUUAUAAUCACUUUGGAGAUGUGGUCAUUUUUUACACAACCUAUAGAACAAACAAAGUCAUUCGUUUGGCUAAUUGAAUCAUUUUUGGAAGCAAUUAAUGGGUUACAACCUAAAACAAUUUUCAUUGAUCAGUGUCUAGCAAUAGCCAAUGCUAUUAAAAGAGUUCUUCCUAAAUCUCAACAUCGACUUUGUUUAUGGCAUAUUGGCCAAGAUGCUGCUAAGCAUCUUUCUUAUUACUUGAGAAAACCUGACUUUAAGGUUUUAUUUAAUAGGUGUCUCUACAAUUGUGGAUCAGAGCAGGAGCUUGAAAGAAAGUUUGAAUCAGUUGGCCUCUUAAGUCUUCAUGCAUUGAAAGUACUUAACUUUCACAAUAUUUUUCAAAUACCGUCUCAAUAUAUCUUGAAGAGGUGGACAAAAAAUGCUAAAGAUGGUUUUAGUAUAAGCAACAAUGGCAAACAGGUUUGCGACAAUGGUAAACAAGGAAUAAAUUACCGUAUAAAUAAAAUAAUGAAGAAAGCCAUUUAUUUUGCCACCAAAGGUGCAUUGACAGAUGAAACAAUCAAAAUGGCUGAAGAUCAACUAGAGCAUGGGAAAAAAAGAUUGGAAAUGAUGUUAAAAAAUGAUAGUGACAUGAUUGAUAAGAUUGCAGUUGACUGUAAGACUAGUGAUGAAGAGAUAGAUGAGCAUAACACAUUAAAUUCAAAAAAGUCUUAG